AUGUUAUGGGCUUGUGCUCUUGAGUGGUCUGGUGGUUGGGAUGAGUCUCUAUAUCUUGUGGAGUUCGCGUAUAACAAUAGUUGGCAAGCAAGUAUCGGCAUAGCCCCGUACGAAGCUUUAUAUGGUCGGAAAUAUAGAACACCGAUUUGUUGGAAUGAAGUGGGGGAACGAGUUAUCGAAGGACCCAAACUUGUCCAGAUUACUACUGAAAAAGUUGAGAUCGUAAAACAGAAAAUCAAAGAGGCUCAAUCUCGACAGAAAAGUUACGUUGACAAGCAUCGAAAGCAUUUAGAGUUCCAAACGGGUGAUCACGUCUUUCUAAAAGUUUCACCGUUACGAGGUAUUCGUAGGUUUGGAAUUAAAGGUAAACUUAGUCCAAGAUAUAUCAGACCUUUCGAAAUCCUUGAACGGGUUGGAGAGGUGGCGUAUCGCCUAGCGUUACUUCUUCAACUUUCACAUAUCCAUAACGUUUUCCAUAUCUCGUUGCUCUGCGGAUAUCAUUAUCACUCUCUCCAUGUGAUUGAUUAUCCGUUGGACAAAGUUGAAAAAGAUCUCUCUUAUAAUGAAGAACCCGAGGCGAUAAUUAAUCAAGAAGAGAGACAAAUGCGACGAAGGUCAAUACCAUUCAUUAAAGUGUUAUGGCGAAAUUAUUCUGACCGAGAAGCCACAUGGGAAACGGAAGAAUCUAUGCGAAAGGAAUACCCUUAUCUAUUUGAGUCAUGUAUAUCCUCUAACCCUAUCUAA